UAUCUCACUCUCACCUCAGUGUUGCAGAAAACAAAUCACAGUUUCAAGCCACCAUGAACUCCAUCCUCCAUCUCUCAUCAAACCCCAUUUUCGUACCUUAAUUUGCUUCUAAAUGGCUUUAAUUACUCAACCCUCAUUCAUUUCCAUCUCCCACACUAAUGGAGGAGUAUCUUCAUUUUGUAAAAGUAGCAUUUUUAUAUCAUCAAAAUCCAAAAACUUAAGAAACCUAAAAUUUUUAGCUUCUUCAAGUGAUUCUAACAAUGAUUCAUCUGAACCCAAAUCUUCUGAUAAUAUCAAUAGUGGAAAGAAAGAAAUUCCUCUUGCAGUUAGACUUGCAAUGGAGAAAGCUAAAAAGUACAAGAAGACUAAAACUAUUGAUAGCAGCAGUAGCAUCAUUGUUCCAGACAAGGAGGAAAGUUCAGGAUCAGGGAAUGCAAUUGGGGAAAGUUCAGGAGAUGAGUAUCCUGAGGAAAAGUUGAGUAAGAAAGGAGUAUCCAGGAUUCCUAGCAUUGAUUUUGUUGGUCUCAGUUUUUCUGAUAAGAAGCAGACCAGAGGGUUACCAGCUGGUCUGGUUCCUAUGACGGACUCUUAUUCGGAUGGUGAUUUACCUGAGGUGGAAUUCAUUGCUGGGGAUAUCAGCAAGUUUGCACCUAAAACACCAUUAAAACCAGAGUUGACUGAGGAAGAACAAGAUGAUUCUGAUGUGUAUAAACCUACGGUUUCGACUUGGGGAGUCUUUCCAAGGCCUAGUAACAUAUCGAAAACGUAUGGUGGUGGAAAAGUCAUUCAACCAGGAGGGAUUCAGGAAGCAUCAAGAGAUAAAGCUGCAAAAGACGCGCGCACUAAAAAACUUGUCGCAAAUUACAAGAGUAUGGCGGGCUUAAUUGUCGAUCCCAAGCUAAAGUCUGAAUGCGAAAAGGUUUUUUUUGAAUGCAAAAAAAAGAAAAAAAAAUCAACUUUGAAAGAAGGUGACACUUUGAUGGACAAGGGAAAACUUCAGCAAGCAUUACCCUAUUAUGAAAAAGUAAUGAAAGAUAUGGCCUUUCAGAAUGAGCUUCAUGGGCGAGCUGCUUUGCAGUGGUCUAUUUGUCAAGAUUCACUUAACAGGUCAGCUGAGGCUCGAGUUAUGUACGAGAAACUGCAGUCUCAUCCAACUGUUGACGUAAGAAAGAAAGCCAAGCAACUAAACUUCGGCUUCGAGGCCAUGGAAAUGAUCAAGUUUAAGAGCACAUCCCUCCCCAUAAAUUUAGGUUAUCAAAAUUACUUUGACGCUUUUGUAGAAGAAAAAACUGGGUCUGCUAGAGCAGCCGAUGAAGAAGAAGAUAACAUUGCGCUCAGACAAACUAUUCCAUACGUCAUAUUUCUUCUCGCUCCACUUUUUAUUGUGUUCCUAUUAGCUCUAAGAAAAGCUGUUUCAUUGUAAAGUUGGCUACUAUACACACUGUUCAUUUUUUUUUUGAUUACUAUUGUGGAUCGUUCAGAAUUCAGUAGUUGAUAUUGAGUGAUAUUAAAAAAAAAGUUCAUUCUCUCGAUCAAA